AGUGAGUACAUGACAGUCCGGUCAUACGAUUAUGAGAAUCCGAACCCGAACGCAGCGUUUUACCCUGGGCAAUCUUCUGGUCGCAGGCUUAUCAGGUCAUUCCUGAUCUCCCAGUAAACGCCUCUCAUCAUGGACUCGAAGGACGACACCUUCGAUCAAUCUGCCCUGCCGAACACCUUUGACGAUUUCUCUUUCGAUCCUUUGUUUAACGACGCUGGUGCGGCGUACCCCGACAAUCUGGCUGCCCUCGAGGAAGAUCCUGUCUUCCCGGCCUCUUGGGAGGAGUCUCCGCCCUACGAAGGCAACCUCUACUCAACGCCGUUGAGCUGGGAGCCUCCGGAGCCGAAAGUCGACCCUCUCCCAGUCUCUACGGCGCCAUAUACUAUGACGAUGAAUACUCUUACUCCAGCCCAGCAGGAGAAGCUGCGCAAUAUUGCGAUGCCACAGCACCUCCAAUAUCGAACUCACCACAGUCCGAACUCAACUGCGAGCACCAAGAGCCACUCCAUCUCGUCUCCUGACAAUCAUGAACGCAGUCGCAAGCGCAAGUCCUCCGCAGAGGCAGAUGAAGAGGAGGAGGACGAUGACUCUAAUCCGCCGGUCAAGAAAACAGCCCAUAACAUGAUUGAGAAGCGAUACCGAACAAAUCUCAACGACAAGAUUGCAGCGUUGCGGGACAGCGUACCAAGUCUACGAAUUAUGACAAAGAGUGCCCGUGGCGAAGACACAAUUACAGAUAGAGAAGAGCUGCAAGGCCUGACGCCUGCCCACAAGUUGAAUAAAGCUACUGUUCUUAGCAAAGCUACUGAAUAUAUUAAUCACCUUGAAAAACGCAACAAGCGAUUACAAGAACAGAAUGCCGAGCAAAAGGCUCGUCUUGCUGCCUUCGAAACAUUGUUCCGCUCUGGUUCCAUGGGUUUCAACCCAGCGCCCCCGAUGGCCAACUCAUUCCAAUACCCAUCUGAUUAUGCUACUCCUGGUCCAAGCCCCAGCAGUAUUGAUCCGCAAGGAAUGAUCCCAGUGCCAGAUGAUAUCCGAAGACUUCAUGGUGUCACCAAUCAACAAACAUAUCCGGUUCCACAGGAGCAGUAUCAGCAAGGCCGUCCAGUUGGUCCCAAUGGCUGGAACAAUGGUGGUUACUUCGGCAAGUUGAUGGUGGGAUCUCUUGCGGGUCUCAUGAUCAUGGAAGGCUUCACCGAAUCAGAGCAAGAAAAAGACUCACCAGCCACCCGGGGUCUUUUCGCCGUCCCCGUACAACUUCUCAAAACUCUGAGCAGUGCCUUUCACUCUUCGCUGAAAAUCAACGUCCUCGGCUAUCACCUUCCAGCAGCUCACGCCUUGGGUUAUCUCAAGUUCUUCUUGGUUUUGGGUUCUCUUCUCUAUGUAUUCUUGCCGUCCAUUUUCGAGUCGAAGCCGAAGCCAAAGGAUGGCAAGACUCAGAGCUCUUCCAUUGUUGCGGCACCUUCUCUCGCCUCCUCGAUAUCAGUUCGCCGGCAAGCAUGGCUUACGGCCAUCCAGACUGUCUGGGUCCCUCGCCAUAACUUCUUCCUCGAGGCUGCAGCUCUGUGCUUGAAGAUGAUGAAGCUCAGCAUGCGCAACGUCAUUGGCACUCAAGGCUAUACUUAUGUCACCGGAAUCACCCCACAACAAGAAGCUGCUAGAGUCAAGGCAUGGUCAAUCGCCCUUGAUGCUCAGUUGGCUGGCGGUGAUGUCGAGGUGAGCAAGAGUCGACUCACAUUGACUCUCCUGGCCUCAGGAACUCUCCCAGAUACCCCAGCUCGCUUGAUGCUGAAGUCCUUGCACAUCCGUGUACUCCUCUGGGAGAUUGGCAAUUCAGGCUUUAAUGGAUUCUUCCUGUUCCAGGAAAUUGCCGCCAAGAUGGCAAGAUGGAAGUGGAACGAAGCCAAGCAACUCCAGCGAUUGAUAGCACACACGAAGAUCAAGCAAGAAGAUGAACUCCCUGAGUAUCUUUUAGCUCUUCUUGAGCAGGACUGUGAUGAUGUUCUUGCCGACAGCAUUGGUCAACGUGCUUACAACCUAGCAUGGAACCUUCCAACUACGCAGAACUCCAAUGGCUCCAGCGAGGGCAUGGAUGAAGUUGUUGACGACUUUGCCAUUCGCAGCCCCCUCGAUGCCGUCGCAGCAUGGUACUCCAGUCUCAUUCUGCAAAGAGCCCUUGCCAAGAGCGUCCAAAGCAAGGAAGAAGACCUCGCAGCCCAACAAGCUAUCAUUGACGAUAUCGCUCUCUCCAUCAAGACCGCACCCAUCGGUUCUGGAGCCCAAAUCCGCGCGCUCGUCGCACGUGCUGUUCUCGUCAAGGAGAAGCGCGGAGCAAGCAUCGCAGAAGCACUGCAAACUCUCGGCCCAUUGGAGAAGCCUGGCAGCAAGAAUGCAACCACAAGUCUCAUCAACGCAAGCACCUCGAUGGCUAGUCUUCCAGAUAUCAAGAUGUCUAUUCGCUGUGCAAUGGCUAUUGCACAUCUCGAGCGCUUCACCCCUCCCAUGAUUCCCGAAGCUGCUCCGAAGAUCAUCAGCACUAUUCAUCCUAUCAAUCUGACCUUGCUCGGCUUCACAGCAGCUUUCGAGCUUAUGGAGAAGAUCAAUGACCAUGACAUCGUUGCCGAGAAAUGCACGCUUGCGUUGGAAAGACUGGCUGGCAGACUGAGAAUCUGGAUCGGCGGCAAGGGAUGUGAGAGAAGUGGUUUGGACAAGGAAGUUAAGAGAGAGAUGGUCGAGCGGUGCUUGGCAAUCACGAAGCGUAUUGUCGGUCUGGAGGAUGCGGGUUAUGGAAGCAUGGCAGAUGAGGACAACAGCGAGGGUUGUUGAUCAAUUCUCUCCGGUUUCUUCACUUUCAGACAUCUCCGGGACCUUGCCUUGGCUGGGUGGUUUUUUCUUCGGAGACAGCUCUGUUGUAUUCUACCUGGAGUUCUCUGCUUUCUGCAACUCAACCCACAUUCCGUCACAAGACGAAGUUUUUCCUUGGAUUUGGAUUUUGGGAGGAUAAAUGACCGGCGCAUAAGGGUCAUCAUAACCGCGCUACUUUCUCUCUGCCAGGGAACGAUUCAGGAUAUGCUUAGCAUGUUUUCAUACUCGGUGUUUUCUUGAUAGAGCGCUUGGGGUGAUGCUUCAUUGCUUUGUGCGGCAACGAAAAGCUCCUCUUGCCUGUAUUAAUGAGAAAAGUUCCUUGCCAUAAUAUCAAUGAAAUAAAACAAAAACUGAUGCUCGU